UGGAUUGUCAUUCAGCAGAGAGUUGACAGUUCGCAAAGUUUCAACCAACUCUGGAAUGCCUACACAUCAGGUUUCGGCAUUUACGAUAAAAAUUUUUGGUUGGGCCUGGAGAAGAUGCACCAAUUAACGACAUCGGCUGAUUACAGGUUGCAGUUCCAAUUUCUUGCCAAUGGCGUUUGGUACUCUGAUGAGUAUGAACAUUUUCGAAUUGGUUCAGCACUUGAAAAAUACGUUUCUGGGUACAUUGGAUUCAACUGCGACAUUCUGAACAGCGAGGAUCGCAACAGCGUCCACAACGGCAUAAAGUUCUCAACGUCUGAUCAAGUGAACACUCCAUCUGGAUACAAUUAUGGGUACACUAAAUCUUCAGGGAACUGGUUCAAUUAUUUUUACUACCAGAAUUUGAAUGGAGUCUACGGCAUAACA